GUUCACUUCAUGGUAAUUUUUCAGUACUCUAUUUCCUGAUCUCUGCUCUUUGAUGUUACUAUUUUACUUGAUACAAAAUCAAGGUCCUAACCUUUUGGUCCUUUGGCAAACUCAAUCUGUUCAAGCAGACCAGUUCUCAUACCACUCUGGGUAAUGGCACAACUCAUUAAGUUCCUUCACGCUCAAAUACAUGAUCUCAAACUCGUCCGAUGUAACACCGCCUCCUAUUUGUGGCGGUCUCACAUGCCCUCUCGCCUUCUGUCCGGUCUUAUUUCCUCUUUUGUUCGAAUAGAAUUCCUUCUUUUUACAGCCCCAAGUUUUCAGCUCAGUCUCAUGCUGCAAGCACCACAGAACCACCUCCCUGGCCACAAAAUUAUCUUCCACAGAGUCAUGACCGUCUUUGCCGUUGUCCUGCACAACGGUUCCAAGAAACUCCUUGCACAACAUCUUCAGCCCCCACUCCCUUUUUAUACCCACGGCCUUUCUAGCCAGCAUCGCUCAGUCGACUGUCACAUCGUGGCGGAUGCCCAAUGCCUCAAGAUCAUAAUGGAGCGCGUGACCAGCCAGAACUGUGGCAGAGUCCAUAUACUUGAAGAGUUCUGUGCGCGCUGCCGGCGAGCCUUCCAGCGUAUCCCCGGAAGCUAUCGCUGCUCUCAUAGUGUUGAAGGAUUUAGAUGUCAAUUGAUCCUCCUUCUGGAGCUAUGACAAGAAUCGAUCGGGACUAUAUAGUAGGAGGCAAUAGCAGUGAAGGAUGGGAAGCAAACUGAACU